AUGCGUGUGCAGGUCGUGGGGAAGGGCAGCGAGAAGGAAGGCGACGCGGCCGUUGAGGAGAAGUACCUGAUCGCGACGUCGGAGGAGCCAAUCGCCGCCUAUCACCGCGGCGAAUGGAUACAUCCGGACGAGCUUCCGAAGAAGUACUGCGGCUACUCGACCUGCUUCCGCCAGGAGGUCGGCUCGCACGGACGCGACACACGCGGCAUAUUCAGGGUGCACCAGUUCGAGAAGGUGGAGCAGUUUGUGCUGACGUCGCCGCACGACAACGCGUCGUGGGAGAUGUUCGAGGAGAUGAUCGGUAAUGCAGAGGAAUUCUACAAGCAGCUGAACCUUCCCUACCGCAUCGUCUCCAUCGUGUCCGGUGCGCUCCCCCACGCCGUGGCCAAGCAGCAGGACCUGGAGGCGUGGUUCCCGGGAUCGGGAGCGUUCGGAGAGCUCGUCUCCUGCUCAAACUGCACCGACCACCAGGCGCGGCGGCUGCUGGUGCGGUAUGGACAGACGAAGAAGAUGAGCGGACAGGUGGAGUACGUUCACAUGGUGAGCUCGACAAUGUGCGCCACUACGCGAGUGAUCUGCGCGCUACUCGAGAACAAUCAGACGGAGAGCGGCAUCGCCAUUCCCGCCGCGCUGAAGAUCUUCAUGCCACCUUGUGAGCAGACUCGAAACCACACAGUGCGCAUUCUAUGCAACCGGCAGUUAUAUGCGAUAUGA